CAAGAUGUAAGUGUCAGAGCAUCCCUUCAGGAUCUUUUCUUGAAAUUAGACAAGCUAUCGUCGAACCUGCAACUGGGUUCCUCUCUAUCCCUGCUUCCCGAUGGAACAUUAGAUUUGGAUGGAUCUAAAUCUCAACAUCCGGAUCCACCACAGCUAGAACUUCCUGAAAU